UUCUCACAUCCAACAACAACAACACAAAGCUAAGAAACCCAAACCUCAAACACAAAUGGCUUUCGCUUUGAAGUUCUUUACAUGCCUAGUUUUGACUGUGUGCAUAGUUGCAUCAGUAGAUGCAGCUAUCUCAUGUGGCACAGUGGCAAGUAGCUUGGCUCCAUGUGGAGGCUAUCUAUCGAAAGGUGGGGCUGUGCCGGCUCCGUGUUGUGCAGGAGUCAAGAAGUUGAACGGUCUGGCUCAAACCACUCCUGACCGCCAACAAGCUUGCCGUUGCUUACAGUCCGCUGCAAAGGGCAUUAACCCGAGUCUAGCUUCAAGCCUUCCUGGAAAGUGUGGUGUUAGCAUUCCCUACCCCAUCUCCACGAGCACUAACUGCGCCACCAUCAAGUGAAAUGGGAGCUUAACUACGUCAUCACUUGCCUGAAGAGUUUGGUUUCGUAUAUCUUAAGUAAAAUAAAAGACGGCUAUCUAAGCUGAUAUUUACCAUGUCUUUGUUGCUUUUUCUUAUAUAUGAUGUACACUAUUGUAUCUUACAUGUUUAAGAUAUGAUAAUACUGUCUUAUUAAUCAUCUUCGCUUUAUAACU